ACACCAACGUCCAAAAUCUCCCAACAAUUCCCCUACCCCUCCAGGACAGUAACGUAAAUUCACCUCGCUUCUCGCCUUUCGAAGUUAAGGGUCGGUCUUCCCGUCUCUUCGCCUCUCUCUCUCUCUCUCUGUUUCAGACUUUGCCACUGUUUCCUUCUCUGAAGUCGGGUUAGGCUUCUCAGUUUCUUUGAUUUCCCAAAAUGCCCCCGCGGACCAGAAGAAUGCCAUUUCCGGAUGUGGUGAUCGAGAGAGACACCGACUCCGAGCAAAGCUCAUCGGAAGAAGAAGAAGAAGACGAACCGGCGGUGUUGGUGGAGAGCGAAAAUGAAGAGAAAGCUGACGAGGCCAAGAAGAAAGGAAAAGCGCCCAUUACUAUUUCUCUCAAGAAAGUUUGCAAGGUUUGUAAGAAGCCUGGACAUGAAGCUGGAUUUAAAGGAGCUACUUAUAUUGAUUGCCCAAUGAAACCUUGCUUUCUUUGCAAAAUGCCUGGCCAUACUACAGUGACAUGCCCGCAUCGAGUAGCUACCGAGUAUGGGGUCAUCCCAGCAAAACGUAAAAAUACCCGAAAUGGAUUGGAAUAUGCGUUCGAACGACAGAUUAGACCUCGGAUUCCUCCGAUCAAGCCAGCAUAUGUGAUCCCUGAUCAAGUAAGUUGUGCGGUUAUCAGAUAUCAUAGUAGACGGGUAACUUGCUUGGAAUUCCAUCCAACAAACAAUAAUAUCCUUUUAUCAGGAGAUAAGAAAGGACAGCUUGGAGUCUGGGAUUUUCGCAAAGUAUAUGAGAAGGUUGUUUAUGGAAAUGUACACUCAUGUAUACUAAACAAUAUGAAGUUUAGCCCUGCAAGUGAUGGUACAGUAUAUGCUGCAUCCUCAGAUGGAACCGUUAGCUGCACUGAUGUCGAGACUGGAAUUGCAUUGUCUCUGAUGAAUCUCAACCCUGAUGGUUGGCAGGGUCCAAGCACCUGGAGAAUGCUGUAUGGCAUGGAUAUCAAUGCAGAGAAAGGUGCCGUGCUUGUUGCUGAUAACUUUGGUUUCCUCUACUUGGUUGAUACUCGCUCAAAUAACAGAACAGGGAAACCAAUUUUGAUCCAUAAGAAAGGUAGCAAAGUUGUUGGACUUCACUGCAAUCCUGUUCAACCAGACCUUCUCUUGAGUUGUGGAAAUGAUCAUUUUGCUCGCAUAUGGGACAUUCGUCGAAUUGAAGAUGGUUCCUCCAUUUAUGACCUUGCACACAGCCGUGUUGUUAACUCUGCGUAUUUUUCUCCAGUAUCUGGCAGUAAAAUUCUUACCACUUCACAGGACAACCGUCUUUGUAUAUGGGAUUCCAUAUUUGGCAGUAUGGAUUCCCCAAGCCGAGAGAUUGUACACAGUCAUGAUUUUAAUCGGUAUCUGACUCCUUUCCGAGCCGAAUGGGAUCCAAAGGACCCGUCAGAGUCACUUGCAGUUAUUGGUCGUUAUAUAAGUGAAAACUAUAAUGGAGCUGCUCUGCAUCCCAUUGAUUUCAUAGACAUCAGUACAGGGCAACUAGUUGCUGAGAUCAUGGAUCCAAACAUUACUACAAUCACUCCAGUGAACAAGCUACAUCCACGUGAUGAUGUUUUGGCAUCUGGUAGUUCAAGGUCACUUUUCAUUUGGCGGCCAAAGGAAAAGUCUGAGCCUGUGGAACAGAUGGAUGUGGGGAAGAUUUUUGUUUGCGACAGAGAUGAUAAAAAGAGAAGAAAACGGAAGUUUGGGGGUGAAAGUGAUGAUUCUGAUGAUGACAGGUCCAUCCCCAAGAGCAAGAGGUUUAAGUCCCAAAAGAAAUCUCAGUCCAAGUCAAGUCUAUCUGUUAAGGUCAGACGCUGAUCUAACCAAGGACUCUGACAUCUAAGGUUCAGAGAAACUUCUGUGGUAGUUUUGAGGUUCUUUGGCUGCCAAACCUGUACAGAAAAUCGAGUCCUCUCCCUUCUUUUAUCACAUUGGGCUAGAGCUUUUUGACAUAGUAUGACCAGUGCUCAAGUUCAACAUCUGAUUCCUUUUGUAAGCGCCUUUCGUGGUGCUUUUUAGGUUCUUUUGAAUCUACCAUGAGUUGAACUUGCCUAAACGGCCACUCGCGACCUUAACAUUUUGCGUUGUAUUAUAGUUGAAUGUAAGGUUGUAUUGUACUGUGGAUACCAAGGUUUGGACUGUAGUUUUAUAAUUUUUGACUGGCCUCCCUCAACUCUGUUACUGUAAGCGAGUCAUCUGUACGUAGCAGGAUAGCAAUGCUUAAUCAAGACAAUACUACCAGAGGUCCUUUUGUUUUA